AUGCGCCGCGCCAGCCGCGACUACACCAAGUCCCUCCGCGGCUCCGAGGACGGGGCCGGAGGAGCCGGAGGAGGGUCCGGGGGCUCCCCCUCCACCGGGGGCUCGGCUCCGGCCCCCGCCCCGCUCCCGCCCCUGCCGCCCCCGCCCCCGCCGCCGGCCCCGGGGUCCCCGCGCCCCCUGCUGGCGGCGCUCACCGUGCUGGGCCUCAGCCAGCUGCUCUGCAGCGCCGCGCUCUUCCUCUACUUCCGAGCGCAGAUGGAGCCUAGUAGAAUUUCAGAAGAUGAUACACACUGCUUAGAGACACUUUUGAAAUUCCGCACAAACUCAGCCGUGCAAGAGACUCCCCUGGGGAGCCAAGAAGCCAAAUUAAUGUCUGAUUCGUGCAGAAAAAUGAAGCAAGCUUUUCAGAGCGCUGUGCAGAAGGAACUGCAGCAUAUUGUUGGGAAAGAGCAUACAAAAGCCGAAAAAGCAAUAAUGGAAGGUUCGUGGUUAGAUCUGGCCAGGAUAAGCAAACCUGAGCAACAGGCGUUUGCCCAUCUCACUAUAAAUGGCACUAAUAUUCCCUCAGGCUCCCACAAAGUGAAUCUCUCAUCCUGGUGCCAUGACAGGGGCUGGGCACACAUCUCCAAUAUGACGUUCAGCAAUGGAAAACUGAGAGUCAACCAAGACGGGUUUUACUAUCUGUACGCCAACGUCUGCUUCCGGCACCAUGAAACUUCGGGAAUUCUGGCCGAAGAGUCCAUUCAGUUGAUGGUGUACGUCACGAAAACCAACGUGAAAAUUAAAAAGUCCGAUACGCUGAUGAAAGGAGGCAGCACCAAAUCCUGGUCGGGAAAUUCAGAGUUCCAUUUCUAUUCCGUAAACGUAGGAGGAUUUUUUAAGCUAAGGUCGGGUGAAGAAAUAAGUAUCCAGGUAUCCAACCCGUCAUUACUGGACCCAGCUCAAGACGCGACUUAUUUCGGGGCUUUUAAAGUACGGGAUAUAGAUUGAGCCUUGACUCUGGGUGGUAAUUGUUAUGUCUUUCCUAGGUCUUUUUUUAUAUAAGUCGAGGAAGGUGUUCCGUAGCCGUGUCCGACUACUAGAAGGGCUGGUUAAAACCUUCAGAGCGGGAUUCUACCCUCCAAACCGCGGACACGACUCUGUGAGGGCCAAAGGCAGAAUUUGGACUCUAGCACUAUCCCAACCUUAAAGCUUUAUUACACAAUGGUUUUUAUAUUUUGUAAUGAAUUCCUAGAGGCAUCUGCCGUUUGUUAUUAACCUUAGGAAGUCGGGCACGUGGAUUUGGAGAAUGGGGCAGCUCUGUCUGGGUCUGUCGGUCUUUCAGCUGUCGGUCGUCGGGGGGAGGCCAAAUCUGACCAGAUCGCAAAUGGAGAAACAGCUGAAGGGUUGAGUCCAGCGCUUAGAACAGUGCUUGGCACAUAGUAAGCACUUAAUACCAUCGUUAUUAUUAUUAUUAUUCUUACAAAUUGUUACAUCAUGCUGGAACCUGCGGAUACUUUUUUUUCUAAAGAGGAAAAGGUGUAUUUUUGUAUACUAUCUAAAGUUAUAUUUCAGAUGUAAUGUUUCUGUGCAAAAUAAUGUAAAUUAUAUUUGUGCUAUUGUAUUUGAUGCAAGAUAUUUAAAACGUCUCACCGUUGGCAUAUUUAAUGUUUUAAAUGUACAGACGUAUUUAACUGGUGCACUUUUGUAAAUCCCCCUGGGGAAAACUUGCAGCUAAGGGAAAAUGAGAUCGUUUGCUUAGAACAAAUGUAAUAUAUUUCUCUGUCCUUUCUAACUUAAUAGAUUCCUCUGCCUUUUCAGUGAUAUACCAAAAUAAAGAACGCCAGGAGGAAUAAGCAAUAUGUGAUUCAUCACCAGGUGCCUUUCAAAUCCGGUAGCUGACCUGAGGUUGCCAAAACGUGUAGAUAAUAAUAUGUCCUUGAAAUCUGUCAGGAGUAUUUUUGGAGAUAUGUAAUUGCCAUCUUUUCUACAGUCCUGCAGAUUUAGAUCUUGUUUAAAACAUCAAAAAAGUUAUCAGAAUUAUUAGCUCAAGAAAGCAAGCGGAAUU